AUGCGAAACUUAGAAUGGGACGACAUGGGAGUGAAGGUUGAUGGUCGGCAGCUACACCAUGAUUGCUUUGCUGAUGACAUCGUACUGAUAACACCUAGCAUCAGCCAAGCGGAACGAAUGAUAACUGAAUUCGACAAAACAUGCGGAUUCAUCGGUCUUCAGCUGAAUCUGCAAAAGACGAUGUUCAUACGAAACGUAUGGGUCUCGGAUGCCCCAUUCACACUCAACGGAAUGAACAUAUCCGAAUGCACCAGCUACGUUUACCUGGGUCGGGAAUUGAACAUGAUAAACGACGUGACCCUCGAGCUGGGCAGGAGGAGACGAGCGGCUUGGGGAGCGUACAAGAGCAUCGAGGAUGUAGUGAAGAAGACCAGGAACAUUCGGUUCCGUGCUCACCUCUUCAACACCACUGUACUUCCUGCUUUGACCUAUGCUUCGGAAACCUGGGCAUUUCGCAAGCAGAAAGAAAACACGGUGAGCGUCAUUGAACGCGCAAUAGAGAGUGAUGCUAGAAGUAUCCUGCAUCACGCAAGUGAGGGACGGGAUUCGAAGUUCUCUCGUACGUCAGUGAUCGAAGAUCAGAGAUGUCGCCGCGUUUGUCAAGGAAUGUAA